UACUACUUGCCGAUCCCAGCCGCAUAUUACGAACCUCGACCAUGAUACCCCUCUUUCCCAUACCCUCCUACUUGUCUCCAUCACUAUGGCCGAGAAACCAUUCACCCUAGCUGUGCCCGACGCAGACCUCGAGCUCUUGCGCAAGAAACUCGAACUUACACGACUCCCAGAUGAGUUGGAAGGCUCAAAAUGGGAUUACGGUGUUCCCCUAGAGGACAUAAAGCGGCUCGUCGCGAAAUGGAAGGACGGAUUUGACUGGCGUGCAGCUGAAGCGAAGAUCAACGCCAUACCCCAGUUCACUAGGGACAUUGAAGUUGAGGGUCAUGGGACACUGAACGUCCACUAUGUUCACCAGAAGAGUGAACUGCAGAAUGCUAUUCCUCUCUUAUUCGUGCAUGGAUGGCCCGGACACUUUAUGGAGGUCGCGAAGCUUCUUCCUCUUCUUACUGCCGUAGCUCCAGACCAGCCCAGCUUCCAUGUCGUCGCAUUCAGCCUUCCUGGUUUUGGAUUCUCAGAAGCUCCUAAGGAAAAGGGCUUUGCUAUUAGUCAGUACGCCGAGGUUGGACACAAACUCAUGCUUGCGCUUGGUUACAAUGAAUACGUGACUCAAGGUGGCGACUGGGGCUUCCUGAUCACUCGUGUAAUAGCUCAAAAAUACGGCGGCAAGCAUGCGAAGGCAUGGCACACUAACUUCCCAGUUACUGGCCCUCCCUCCUUGACCUAUUCUCCAGGUCUCUUCCUCCGAUUCCUCGUGACCCCAUUCAGCGCCGAAGAGAAAAAGGGUAUCGAACGUACUAUGUGGUUCCGGAGCAAAGGCCGCGGAUAUUUCGAAGAGCAAUCAACCAACCCUCAGACGCUUGGCUACUCGUUGGCUGACUCACCUGCUGGACUACUUGCUUGGAUUCAUGAGAAACUUGUGACUUGGACAGAUGGCUAUCCUUGGACUGACGACGAAAGUGAGUACUUCUGUGUGGUCAAAGGUGAUAUGUCGUCGAAACCGGUGCUAACGCCUUCUCCCCUCAUCGUUGAAGUAUUAACUUGGAUCUCGAUUUAUUGGUUCUCCCGGCCUGGUCCGGCAGCCUCAGUGAGGAUUUACUACGAAGCGAGCACUGCAAAAGACUGGGACAAAACUCAAUAUGUCCCAAUCCCAUUCGGAAUAUCCCUCUUCCCCAAGGAGCUUGCGCGUGUACCAAAAUUGUGGACUCGGGCAAUUGGUAAACUCGUGUUUGCAUCUGAACAUGAAAGCGGAGGCCAUUUUGCUGCGCACGAGAAACCCGCGGAAUUGGCGGAUGAUUUAAAGAAGAUGUUUGGGGUAGGUGGACCUGCGUUUGGUAUUGUGACUGGUAAAAGUGGGUACACCGCUGCCUAGGUAGACAAUCAAGGUGUGUGCCAGUCAGAAGUCUAGUUAUAAAGGAUAUUAUCCGGGCCUUGUAACGUAGGCUUGUAAUAUUACUCAAGGGUUCUCUUGGAGGGAUUGGCUACGAUCGACAAGCAUGUUGGAUCACUGAUCAAUCGCGUGAUCUCAAUAAUUCAAGAGUUAAAAACAGGCCCAACUCAUCAUUGCUGGCUCAACUUUCUAUCUGCAUUUAGAUCCUAACCCCAACGACCCGGGCGUUGCAGAGUGUGAUGGGAAAUCCAUGCAUGCACUAAAUGACUAGAAGUUCUAGCGAGUCGGAGCCACACAUUUCCCAUAUC